AUGCAGUCUGGUAUCUCAGCAUCCCAGGAGCUCAAGUCCGCGCUGGGCGAGCUCAUCGUCUCGUCUUCGCAACGCGGUCUCAUUGCCCGUAUCGACAAGGAAACCAUUGUUCCCGGCGCUGCCAUCUCCUCCUCGGCGUCCACCUUCCUCGACGACCUGUCCAACCUCAGCACCCACAUCAAGCCCAACGAAGCUCUCUACAUCCUCUUGCGCCGCGCCGACUCGCUCGCCUCGCCCGACAAGUCCCUCGUCGCCGUCACAUACGUGCCCAAUGCCGCUCCCGUACGGCAGAAGAUGCUCUUCGCAUCUACGAGAUUGACGUUAGUAAGGGAGCUAGGUGGCGAGCACUUCCCCGAGAGCAUAUUCACCACAGAGCCGGACGAGCUCACAGCCACGGGCUGGCAGAAGCACGUGCAGCACACCGAGUCCAGCAACCCGCUCACGGCCGAAGAGCAAUCGCUGCAAGACAUCAAAGACGCCGAAGCACUCGAGUCGCGCGGCACGCGGGGCCAGUCGCUCGCGCAAGGCGGCCGUCUCGCGAUCCGCGCCGACGACGAGAUCGCCGGCGCGCUGCAGAGGCUCGGACAGGGCGGCGACAACCUCGUCCAGCUGCGCAUGGACCCGGCGACCGAGACGCUGCGCCUGGUCUCGUCGUCGUCGGCCACGCCCUCGACGCUCGCCAGCGCCGUCGAUCCAAAGGAACCCCGCUACUCGUUCUACCGGCACGACGACGCCGCGGCCAGCAUCGUCUUCAUCAGCACGUGUCCCAGCGCGGCGAAGAUCAAGGAGCGCAUGCUGUACGCGGCGUCGCGCGGCAAUGUCGUCAGUCUGGCGCAGAACGAGGGCGGGCUGAAGGUGGCCAAGAAGCUGGAGGCGACGAAUCCAGACGAGGUGACGGAACAGGUGAUUUUGGAUGAGUUCAAGGUGGACAAAGUCGAGGUGAAACAGGGGUUCAGCAAGCCGAAGAGGCCGGGCAGGCGGUAG